CGCGCGGUUAUUUAUUUAUUUCCGGGCCCGGAGCGCUUAUAAUGGAGCCGCUGUCAGCAGAACCCUCUGCUGCCGCCGCCGCCGCCGUCCCUCCUCUUUUUUUUCCCGGCAGAUCUUUGUUGUGUGGGAGGGCAGCAGGGAUGGACUUGAGCUUGCGGAUCUCCUGCUAGAGCAGCCGCGCUUGGAGAGGGCGCCGGAGCCGCGAGGAGGAGCCGCCGCCGCCGCCGCCCCGAGGCCCCGCCGGACCCGGCCUCCGUCCGCCCGCGCCCCCGCUCGGCCCGCUCGCCCCACGCCUCCCGGCAGAGUCCCCUCGCGGCGGCAGAUGUGUGUGGGGUCAGCCCACGGCGGGGACUAUGGUGAAAUUCCCGGCGCUCACGCACUACUGGCCCCUGAUCCGGUUCCUGGUGCCCCUGGGCAUCACCAACAUAGCCAUCGACUUCGGGGAGCAGGCCUUGAACCGGGGCAUUGCUGCUGUCAAGGAAGAUGCAGUGGAAAUGCUGGCCAGCUACGGGCUGGCGUACUCCCUAAUGAAGUUCUUCACAGGUCCCAUGAGUGACUUUAAAAAUGUGGGCCUGGUGUUUGUGAACAGCAAGCGAGACAGGACCAAAGCUGUCCUGUGCAUGGUGGUGGCUGGGGCCAUCGCUGCCAUCUUUCACACCCUGAUAGCUUAUAGUGACUUAGGCUACUACAUUAUCAAUAAACUGCACCAUGUGGAUGAGUCGGUGGGGAACAAAACGAGAAGGGCCUUCCUGUAUCUUGCUGCCUUCCCUUUCAUGGAUGCAAUGGCGUGGACCCAUGCUGGCAUUCUCUUAAAACACAAAUACAGCUUCCUGGUGGGAUGUGCCUCCAUCUCAGAUGUCAUAGCUCAGGUCGUUUUUGUAGCCAUUUUGCUUCACAGUCACCUGGAAUGCCGAGAGCCCCUGCUCAUCCCGAUCCUUUCCUUGUACAUGGGUGCCCUUGUGCGCUGCACCACCCUGUGCCUGGGCUACUACAAGAACAUCCACGACAUCAUCCCCGACAGGAGUGGACCAGAGCUGGGGGGAGAUGCAACAGUAAGAAAGAUGCUGAGCUUCUGGUGGCCUUUGGCUCUCAUCUUGGCUACACAGAGAAUCAGUAGGCCUAUUGUCAACCUCUUUGUUUCCCGGGACCUUGGUGGCAGUUCUGCAGCUACGGAGGCAGUGGCAAUUUUGACAGCCACGUACCCCGUGGGCCACAUGCCAUAUGGUUGGUUGACGGAAAUCCGCGCUGUCUACCCUGCUUUUGACAAGAAUAACCCCAGCAAUAAGCUGGCCAACAGCAGCAGCACAGUCGCAGCAGCCCACAUCAAGAAGUUCACAUUCAUCUGCAUGGCCUUAUCGCUGACGCUCUGUUUUGUCAUGUUCUGGACCCCUAACGUUUCUGAGAAAAUCUUGAUAGACAUCAUUGGAGUGGACUUUGCCUUCGCAGAACUCUGUGUCGUCCCCUUGCGUAUCUUCUCCUUCUUCCCGGUUCCAGUCACUGUGAGGGCCCAUCUCACCGGGUGGCUGAUGACACUGAAGAAGACCUUUGUCCUGGCCCCCAGCUCUGUGCUGCGGAUCAUCGUCCUCAUCACCAGCCUCGUGGUCCUGCCCUACCUGGGGGUACACGGAGCCACCCUGGGCGUGGGCUCCCUCCUCGCGGGGUUUGUGGGGGAAUCCACCAUGGUCGCAAUAGCAGCAUGCUACGUCUAUCGGAAACAGAAAAAGAAGAAGGAGAACGAGACAGCCGCUGAGGGGGAAGACUCUGCGAUGACAGACAUACCUCCAGCGGAGGAGGGGACAGACGUCGUGGAAAUGAGAGAGGAAAAUGAAUAAGGCACGGGACGCCUGGGCACUGCAGGGACGUUGAGAUGACACUUAGCAUCAUCUCCUCUCCCAUCGUGUUUUGUUCUGUUUCUGGUUUUGUUUCUGUUUUGGUGAUGAAAGAGGCCUUGAUCUAAAGGUUUCAGGUAAACUCUCUGGCAUACUGGGUAUGCUCACACUGAUGUGGGGACCUAAAGAAUGGUCUUUGCCAUCGCUUUGUAAAAACAAACAGAACAAUUGACUUCAUGCCCCUGCUUCAUGAAAUCUCAGAAGACAUCGCUGCCUCAUAGUCCAGGUUGUCUCCUCCUCCCUCGGACAAUCUCCACUUGGAACCAAAGGACUAGGCUGUGCCAUCCACCACUCCUCGGCCACCACUGCCCAUCAGGCCACGGACUUUACCCGGUCCCCUUGCAUCUCUUAAGAAUCAACUCAGCUUUCUUUGAUUGGCUUCCCGGUAACAUGGCUGUACAAAGAGAUGUAACCCCAGUGGCCUUCCACCCUGGAGUCACAAACUGUCUGCUACCCAUGUGCCGUGGGUCAGCGACAGGCUACAGCCCGAAGUGGCCGUUCACACUGAGGAAUGGCUUUGGGAACGUGCUGGACGGGCGGAUGGAAAUAAUCUCCCGUAGGAAGGUUUGAGAUGCCAUGGGAGUAGCGCACGGACACGCUCGAACGCUAGCAUUUCACCUCGCCUCACAUGUUCCUAGAUUUGAGCGAGCGCUUGCUUUUCAUGCCCUGCCGUAUACAUACAUGAGCUAACUUUUUAAAGUUGUCCCAAAAGCGCAUCUCCACACCUCAGCCUCCUUGGCAUGACUUCCCCUGAAGGCUUGUUUUUUGCUCACCUUUCCUGAAGAUGGCACUAGAGCAAGUGAAAUGGAGCAUUCUAACUUUACAUUUUAGUUUUUAAAGGGAACUGAAGCUUUAAGUCAUAAUCUAGCAUUCUAACGCCAGGUUGCCGUAUCGUAACUGUUGAAGUAGAUUUAUUACCUGGUCUGCCGUUCUUAGUCCUAACCAUGCGGUACAGGUAAUCCAGAGUGAAUUUCGGUACUCCCCUCUCACGCCACACAACAAAGCAAGACAUUUUAUAAACAAGAGCAAAGUCACUAUAUGAUAUUCCCUGAAAUGACACAUUUGAAAUCCAUUUAGUGCAGUAUAUUUUUCUAAGUUUUGGAAAGCGGGUUUUUUCUUUAAAAAAAUCAUGGACACGGUUCACUAAAUUCUUGAUUUAGUCAAAAAUCCUAGACUGAAAGAACCUAAACACAAAAAAUAUUUUAAAGAUAUAAAUAUGUACUGUAUAUGUUAUGUAAUUUAUUUUAGGCUAUAAUACAUUUCCUAUUUUCGCAUUUUCAAUAAAAUGUCUCCAAUAAAAUACAGGGAUUGCUAGUGUGCUCAACAUACCUGUGGUUGGAACGUAUUGUAUCGAUGAACAUUGUAUCUUAUUUGCAGCUGUUUUACAGAGUCUGUCAUUUGUAUUUAAAUGUAAGGAUCAGUAAAUGGCAAGAGAACCAUUUUCCAUUAUGGGUAAUGGGUAUAAAUGGGUCGGCUGGUGUGGACAAUAGUAAGAAUGGAAAUAUACAUGGAAAGAGCAAGAAAGAAAAGGGCAAGUUUUUCUGUUUAUUGUUUUCAGUGCUAUGUAAUCAUAUUGUUCCUCACAGAAAAAGAAUGUAAGGGCAGAAAGUCAGCCAUGAACGUCACAGGGUUGCAUUCACUUUUCUGGACACCCAGGGACCCUCGGGUGUGCCCACCACCGGGACAAAUCCUCACGUGCUUCCUCUGAGCAGUUUCUCCUCCAUAUAUAUGAGUGCUGAAAAUUAAGAUGCAUAGCUUUGGGGUGGUCUCAGGGGCAGAUCUGAGAAGAUGGGG